UUUAAUUGUCAAAUUUCUUAUUUUCUAUGCUUAGUGCAUCCACUUUCGUCUCUGUUUACCAGUAUAGUUUUCCCUUCUUUGUAUUAUUCAUUUCAUAAUUACAAAUUCUGCUUAACUCCAGAUUCUUAAAAUGGAUGAUUUCGGAGAUAGUUUUGUACAGCCCGAAAUAGAAGUAGAUCCGGCAGCAGAGUUCUUAGCUCGUGAACAAAAUCAGCUAGCAGGUCUCGAAGAUGAGUUGGAAACUAGUGCUCCGCCCCCUAUUGUUACGUCCAGCGCAAACGGCCUGGAUGAUUUCGUAGAAGUACCAAGUGCUGCCGCAUUCGACUCAAAUGGUCUGUUGGAUGAAGAACCUACACCUGUACCAACCUUCAGACAAGAAAGAGAAGAGCCCGAAAAAAUAAAAAUUUGGCGAGAGGAACAGAAAAAGAGAUUAGAAGAGAAAGAUGCUGAAGAAGAAAAAAAGAAGGAAGAAAUGCUGAAGGUGGCAAAGAAAGAGCUUGAAGAUUGGUAUAAGACGCAUGAAGAACAAAUAGCAAAGACUAAGGCAGCUAACAGGGAGUCUGCUAAGAAUGCCGAGAGAGCUCUAGCUCGUGGUUCAGAAGGGAACGUCGAGGAUGGCAAUGAGUGGACCCGUGUAGCAGAACUGUGUGAUUUCGGGCCGAGACGCGGUCGCGACGUUGCGCGUCUACGCUCCAUUGUACUGCAGUUGAAACAAUCUGGUGUUAGACCCAAACAUCCUCCACGCACCACUAAAGUAGCUUGAAUAAACGAUUGAAGAUGGUAAUACUAUAAACAUCAGUCUUAGAGAAAAUCACAUAGAGAACACCUAUAUAAUGUGUAUAACUGUAAUAAAAAUAUUUUAAUAUAAUUUACAAACAAAUCUUACAAGGUAAUGUGUUCUGUAAUUGAGGAAUGUAACCGCUGUUUAAAUAUUUUCUUUUUAUUUUAUUAGUGUUAAAAAAUAUGGCUAAUAUUUAAGACUAGUUGGAAUAAAUCAUUUUUAUUUUCAUCAUAGUGCUUAAUAAACAUUCCAAAAAGAGUA